AUGAGCUCGUCAUCAACCUCAGAGGGCGCUCGAGCUCGCGACGAGCAGAUCCUCGCAGCCAAGAAGAAGCUCAAGAGCUUCCGUGCCAAGCAAGCCCAGAUGGCGCGAGCUCAGUCCACUGCUUCGACCAGCGCCAAGCCCGUCGUCGACGUGGCUGCCCCCCUUAUGGCCGAGCUCGAUGCCCAGAGCCAACAAAAUACCUGCAGACAUAGCCGGACCGCCUCGCGCGGUGGUCAUGGCCGCGGGCAUUCGCGAGCCGGAUCCAUCUCCAUCACCGGCCAGGCAUUAGCAUCCCAGGUGGCCGCCUCUGCAGCCGUGUCGACGAGUUCCCGGCCGUUUUCGACCCACAACGCCUCGGCCAGCCACCUUCGAUCCCACUCCCGCUCGGGCUCGCGGAGUCUUGCCACCCGCUCGCGACCAAACAGCCUUCUGCUCGGCGGCCGCAAGGACGACGCGGUGCUGCUUGCGGUCGAGCACCCCGCCGGCGUCGACCCGCUCGGCGACUGGCGCGAUGUGUCUGGUUCCCCCCUGCAGUCGUCUGGGACGGCUGCGGAUCGAUCCCAGCAGAUCGCCGACGCAUCCUCGCUCUUCACGCGGCCGACACCCGCUGCGGAUCCGGAAUCUGCAGCAGGUCCAGCCUCGACGGCAUCGACCUCGAAGCAGGAACGGCGCCAGAGCCGGCACGCUCGCAGGACCAGCGUCGCCACCAAGCGCGAGAGCAUGGAGAUCAUGGGAGGCAUCGGGCUGGGUGUCGCCGUUUCGCCCUCGUACGAUUCGCUCGCCUCGAGCCGCCGCCGCAGCUCCAGGAUGUCCGGGCUCCCAUCGGCGAGCGUCCUGUUCGGAGUGCCCGACGCCAGCGACGGUAGCAAGCCGUCGCAGCCUAACUGGGACUGGAAGACUGCGUUCGCCAACGCGGAAGCCGAAGAGCCGGAAAACGAAGAAGGUCGCUUGACGGCGCUCGAAAAGCUCGAAGGUCGCGUGCAACCGGCCGCGAUCCCGGCUGGCGGCCAGUCUGGUUCUCAGUCCUGGCAGUCUCGCCGCAUCUCUGGCCACCAGCGGCAGAGCAGCGUGCAGCUGCCCAGCUUCGACGACAUGCACGGCAGCGACGGCAUGGACCGUCGCGCGAGCAUCCAGCUCCUCGAGUCAAACGAGAAGACGACAUCAGAGGCGUCGUCGCCCGGCGCGCGCGAAGGCCGCCGCGGCAGCCUGACCGCACCCGCCACCAACUCGCUCCCGCCCAGGUCGCCCACCUCGCCCCUGACGCUCAUCACGUCAAAGCGCCCCGGCUCGAUGAUUGUGCACCCGGAAGCCAUCCAGCCCGAGGGCCUCGGCACCCUGAUGGAGGAAGAGGAGGAGGAGGAGUCGCUGUCGCCGGUCCGCGAGCGAAGGAGCUUCGACACGCCCCUAAGCGGCUCGUCUAGCCUCGACGAUGAGUUGCGCAGGCAGAGACGUGCCGCCGAGGAGGAGACCAUCAAGAAGAACCGCCGUGCCAGCUUGACGCCGCGACCGCUCAAGCUCAAGUCCCGGCCACCGAGCCUGUACCUUGCGCCCAGCUUCGGCGCCAUGUCGGCCAGCCACUCGCUCCCCACGCUGAGCCACUCCAACCCCAACUCUUCCGGCAUCGCCAGCCCUUACUCGAACGACACGGACAAGACGCCGCGCCUUGAGAGCGACGCGCUGCUGCCGUCGGAGCCGCUGACGCCCAAAGUUGUCGACGACGCGCCCGCGAGGGACUCUCCGACCCUGGUCAAGAGUUGGUCGUUCGCCAACGCCCAGCAGAAACUCGCCAGCCAGGCUGCGACCGAUGUGACCCCGGAGAGCAGCACCGACUCGGCAGUGCAGCGCGAGGUCACCCGCGCCUACCGCACCUCGAUGGUCUUCAGCCCUCCGACGACCAACGUGCCAACGGCCGGUCCGCCCGCGCCUCGCGAGCGUCAGGGCAUGCGCACGCUGAGGCUCGGCAGCCACCAGUCUUCGCUCGCGUCCCUCAGCUCCGUCGCAGAGUCGAACGUCUCGUCCUCGGACAGCAUCGGCCAAUCGAUCGCUUCGAACCGUCGGCGCAACAGCAUCAUCCGCGCAGACUCUGGUUCCGUCACGCUCACGCAGGAGGAGCUCGGUAACGGACUGCCCAGCUCCGCGACGCCGAGGAACGCGCGCCGGAGCUCGAUCCACUACAAGCCGUCCGGCCAGCACAGCGCCAGCGAUUCGGUGGGCGGGCACUUUGCCACCCCUUCGCUCGCCAGCCUCGGUGGCGUGCCGAUGGCCGUGCACGACGAGCUCAAGGCCAAGGCCAGCCGCGACGCUGCUCUGCUCGAGAGCACCAAGGACCAGCUCGAACGUCUGCAACGCGAGCUGGUGCUUGAGACCGAGCGCAGCGCGCGCGAGUUCGCUGAGCUCAAGCAGUCCAGCGGACAGGAGCAGACCGCCCUCCGGUCGCGUGUCGAUGAACUCGAGACCGCCGUCGCGGAGGCCACGCAGAAGGUCGCGGAGCUGGAGCGCGAGCUGUGCGCCACGCGGGAGACGAUUGAAGAUCUCGAGGCGGAGCGAGACGUCCUGCGGGACGACGUCGAGGGAUGGCGAUCGCGCUGCCAGGACACCGAAAAGAGCCUCCGAAGCGAGCGCUCCAAGCUCGACGACCAACGCAAGCUCAAGAACGCCGCCAAGCUUCGGAUCCACCAGCUGACCCAGGCGCUGGAGAAGGAAGGCAUCGCCAUCCCCGCCGACGAGGUCAACGUCGUCCAGGCACUCGACGAGAUCCAGCUCGACGUCGUCUCCGUCCUGCGCAGCCCCGCGCUCGGCUCGGCCAGCCCCGUCCUGGGCGGCGGCUACUUUUCGCCCGCCGCGGCCGACCCGCCGCCGAUGACGAUCAAGCUGCUCGCCGACAUGCGCCAGCAAAUCUUCAACCUUGCUGGCAGCCUCGAGCAUGAGCGAUCCGAGCACCUCAAGGCCAAGGACGAGCUCGCUCGCCUGCGCGAGGAGCAGCUGCAAAGGAGCCAGUCGUGGACCAGCGCCAGCUUCGCCACCUCGGACACCGCCGACGAGAUCCGUGAGAGCCACCGCGACCUGCCCGCAUCGGGCGGUCCGACCCCGGAGAGGAGGCGCACCAGCAGCGGCGCCUCGGUUGUCGGCAAGAACAAGCGCCACGUCUUUGCCUACGACAGCAGCAUGGGCAGCUUUGGCCAAAGCACCACCAGCCUCGGGUCCGCCAGCAUGUCGAUGACGACCGAGGAGCCGGCCACCGACGACGAGCGCAGCCAUGGCUCGCCAUCGACCAAGCAACCCUUCCUGGAAGCGGACGAGGCAGCCACCGGCCUGGGCAUGGGCUCGUUGCAGACGCUCGACGAGAUCGAGGAGGUCUCGGAAAGCGGCGUCGAGGACAGCAGCACCGCCGGCGUCAGCACCGACAGCACCGACGAGGACCGCCAACCUGUCGAGAUGGAGACUGACCGGACGUGGGCCGACAUCGAGGCCGGCAUUGUUGAUGACCGCCCAAGCCUCGACGUCUCCGAGUCGAGCUUUGGCGACCGCCAAUACGAGGAUGCCGCUUCGCCGAUGCCGCUGCACUCGGAGAAGUUCUCGUCGCCUAUGCACAGCCCGGCUCCGCCGUCGUCGUCGGCGACAUUCGUCCCGCACCCGGGCAACCCGAACCACGGCUUCCGCUCGACGGGCAGCUCGCUCGAGAGCAACGACGGGCCGGCGACGCCUCCGCUCGACCACCAUCACAACCGCUUCCUCGGCGACGAUGCCAGCACGGCGUCUAGUCGGUGCCCCAGCCCGCGGCCGGAGUUUAUCCCUGACUGGAACUUUGAGAUGGCGAUCCGGCGCGGUCGCCUGUCGCGCUCCGACAAGAAGGACGCCGCCAUCGAGGACUUCUUUGGCAUAAUGCACGAGGGCAGCCUGCCACCCCUGACGACGUCGCAGGAGCCCAUCGACAUGCCUCCGAUCCGCCUCAACGCCAGGGGCGAGGCUGCCAUUGUCCCGCGCAGUACCGGCACGCGCGUCGCCUCGACCGUCGGCCGACGACCGCCGGUGGCCAGGAGCGCCUACGCGCGCGAGAGCUUCUCGGAGAGCAGCGGCAGCCCCUACGGCAGCUUCCAGGCGCGCGGCGGCGACCACGAGUCGUUCUCGGCCGCCUCGAGCGCCGCUGCGUUUGGCUCGCGGGCGCUGAGCCGGAUGAGCCUCCAGGGCCUUACGAGCGCAUUCAGCGGGCUCAGCGGCUACCUGACCAACCAGAGCGGUGCAGCCGUCACCGCCGCGGCGGCCGCCACCAAGAUGUGCGGACCCGGAGAGAUGGCCGAGGCCGACAGCGUCCAUGCCAGCCUGAGCUGGACGGCGCAGCGACGUGCAUUCGAGGAUGGCAACGCCGAGGCCGAGGCCGAAGCCGCCGCCUUCUAUGGUCCCAGGUCGGCCAACUCGCUCUUUGCCCGCGACAUGGUCCCUUCCCCCGACGCCUUCUCGACCUCGAGCAAGGCCAGGAAGACCGCAUCUCGAGCGUUUGUCGAUGCCGCGACCAUCCCUCCGCCGAUGGCCACGCCCGUGUGGCAGCUCGACUUUAGCCGCUCGUCGAUGGGCGGGCCUGUCUUUAGCCUAUGA